AUGUCCUUUCGCAAGAGAAAUAUAGGUCUUUCGACCGGCGCGGAUCGUCAGAAUCCCGCCGCGCCUCCGCAGCAAGCCGCAAAUACGCCGGAAUCGAGUCCCGGUAUUCGACCCUCGCCCGACGAUGGACGACCAACUACUUCGACAGGCGCGCCAUCGCUGGAUAAUCUUCUCGCUGGACAUGGUGGUCUUCCGAUAGGAAAGACAUUAUUGAUCGAGGAGAACGGGACUACGGAUUUCGCGGGCGCAUUGCUACGAUAUUAUGCGGCGGAAGGUGUUGUGCAGGAUCAGAAAGUUCACGUUGUCGGAAUGCCCGAGCAAUGGGGUAGAAGUCUCCCGGGUCUGAUUGGGCCUGCAGAGGCCGCCGAUGAUAAGCAGGAUAAACGCAAAGGGGAGCGGAUGAAGAUUGCCUGGAGAUAUGAACGAUUGGGCGAAUUUGGGACUGGAGUGGCCGGAUCAAGAGCCCCUGCUGCGCCUUCGGGGGAUCAAAGUCAAGCACAGAACGGAAGUCAGGCCGAGCAGCCGGCAUUUUGCCACGCCUUCGAUCUCACCAAGCGUCUGACCCAUCCGGGUAUCACAAACAUCACCUAUAUCCCGCUAGCGCCGUCCAAUGAACCCUUGUUUGUCUCAGUUCACAAGCGUCUCCAGGCUGCCAUCGCCCAGAGUCCGCCCAACACUGUUCACCGCAUUAUCCUGCCGUCCUUGCUCAAUCCCACGAUAUACCCGCCGGAAGUCUGCCAGCCUGAGAAUCUCUUGCCUUUCCUUCAUUCCCUCAAAGCUCUGUUGAGCUCACCCACAGUGCGCGCGACAGCCAUGAUCACAAUCCCGCUAUCCUUGUUCCCGCGAUCUUCCGGUCUUGUCCGAUGGAUGGAACUAUUGAGCGACGGAGUUAUCGAGUUGUGUCCUUUCCCUCAUUCGGCAGACGCCCUUGCGACUUCGGGAGCUGCGACAGCGCAUGAGGAACCACCGCAGGGCAUGCUCAAGGUACACCGGUUGCCCGUGCUACAUGAACGUGGCGGAGGAAGCGAUCAAAACAUUGGCCAGGACUGGGCGUUUACAUUGAGUCGGAAAAGGUUCGAGGUUAAACCGUUCAGUCUACCGCCGGCUGAAGGAGACAAGGAAGCGCAGGACGGAGGUGCAGCGGGCGGAAUGCCGAAGAAAGCGGAUCUCGAGUUCUGA